AUGGGUUACGAGCUCAGCACAAAUCCUUCUCGAUGCGAUAUUGGAGUAGGCGGUGGAACAAGAACGUAUAAACUCGUUAAUCAUUGCGACCGUAUGCUUGCAUAUCGCAUAAUAAUAAAUCCUGGCUCGAACUAUUCAGUACCUGAAAAACAACUCUAUGGGCUUAUUCAAAUCGGUUACACUGUUGACAUAGAGAUUACGAGGAAGCCUGGAAAACCUCGUCCAGACAAAAUGAUUAUCCAGUACGCAUCUGUUGAUCAAGAUUGCCGCGAUCCGAAGAAGCCAUUUGCCACUGGCGUACCUGUCGGUGAAAUUACUGGUGAAACUAUGAUGAAGCUGAUUGCAGUCGAAUAG